AUGAAGCAAUUAUCCAGGAAGAAAGAUCCUCGGGUCCAGACUGCUCCCGACACAUCAGGUACAAGCGUAGCCAUGGCCAAGACUUCCUCAGAUCCUCGCACUUAUACCGAAAAAGGGGUGCAUGGCUUCGUAGGCAGUGUGUUAGACAUGGCUGUACAGCUUCUAGAAGGGAAGGGAAAGAAAGAGGCGUCGAGACAGAAUUUGGAAGAUGACUUGGGAAGCGAGAUAGUAACUAAUAAUCUUCAGAGAGGCCCGGCCCCGGCCCGCAAAAAGGGAGCACUCGGUACCGACAAGGAAGUAAUUUGCUGCACCCCAGCCACUACUGCGGAACCUCCUCAGCCAACGGUCAACCAAAGUCUUAUUUCUAAUACUGCAUCCCGAAAAAAGAAAGGUAGUCGCCAAAAUACCUGCGUGAAGUCACAAAACUUGUAUGCGGCUCGAAGACUGCAACGAGAAACUCCCUUAGCGUCUUGGAUGGAACACAGUACUACCGUACAUGGUAAAGUUCGAGAUUGGCACACUAGGCCCAUUCUCUUCAACCCAAGUGUUCCGUCUCCACGAGAUAACAAGCUCCCGACCCGUCGGUUCUAUGGAGACCUUGCGUGCGCUGUAAUGAGUACCGAGUACAUAUCCGCUAAGAUUACACGCCACCUCAAGGCUCCUGCUGACUACGACUCGCACGGGAAAUUGCUCUCUACGCGAGUUUCCGUUGGGUUACCAGCGAUGAACGCGGCGGGCCAAAUACUUUUAGUUGAUGGAAUACCAAUGCUCGGCUUCCUACGAGAUAUAGCUGAGCAGUUCCCUGCUUACGAUAAGAUCGAGGCUACAGCAAAGGCCGCCGUCUAUGGAAAAGAUGCCGCUUGGUACGAACAAAAAUUCCGGGAUACAAAUGCUAGACACUUGUCGCACUCUAGCACUGGCAAUCAGAAUGGACCCGAAGCCGUCAAACCAACUCAUAUUUUUCCUCUCUUCCUUCUUCGUCCAGGACUCGAACCACCACAUAUCGAACCAGCUGAUAUGUUAUCUCCAUCUCCUCCAAGAAACUCCAUAUAUACCACAGCAUUCCCUGGUUUCUCUUCCGCUUUACCUCGUGCUUCUAGAAGUCAGACACCACCCCAACCGGCUUCCGUCCACAGUCCCACGAUACGACAAAGUGUACCAAAAUUUUCCGUCUCAGAAGACGCUUCAAGAAUUUGGUCGAGUGACAAACGAGUUCGUUCCACCUUAGUAGCACGCGGGCCACUAGGAAGACUUGGCCCAGCCAGCUAUAUGCUGACGGGAACCGAAAACAACCAAACAAUAAGUCCCGCCGUGUCUCCAAAUGGCGACAUCGAAGCCGAGAAUAUGGUCCGAGAAGAUCUCUAG